GUUUUAAAGAUGAGGAAAUUGGGUGCAGAGAAGUUACGUGACUGACUUGCCAAGGUCACAGCCAAUAUGUUGCAGAACCGGCCCUUAGGAUCCGCAGUCCACCCUCUUAGCCUCCCUGCUGACCUCUCUCUCAGGUGCUUGCCCUCAAGGAUUUUGGUAUCAAUUAGGGGAGAUAGCCAAACAGUUUACAUUAGAGGGGGCCAUAUGAAUGCCAUACUAACCCCCCUUUUUUUUCUAUUUUGAGUUGUAAAGUUUCCUCCAGUUGCUUGAAAGCUUUAGAAGCACAUGGGUAAUAAAACAGCAGAGAGUUUUAAAGUGAUGCUAUCGGAAAAUGUGACGAUUACAAGGGAAUACUAUCUUUGGUAACAUUUACCAGCUUGUAAUAACAUGAUUCAGAUACUUAUUCUCUGAAUAUCUUUCAGGGUCAUUUGUAUUUGAUUUAGGCUUAGUGAAAGGACUGCGCUUGACAGUCAACUACUGACUGUGCUGUAUGUUCAUAACUCGAAUCAAGUGGAGUUUUGGGAAGAAAUGGACUCCUGAAGGCUUUGACCCUGUUGGCAUCUGAUGCCAGGGAUCUGCUCAGCAUCAGACUACCAUUUGCCAAGUAGGCAGGGCAGAUCUUCCAGACUCCAGGCCACGAAGUAGGACUUCGGCUUUAAAGCACUGCAAAAAUCUCAUCCAAUCGUAACAUUUCUAGAGCCUAACAGGCGAGCUUUCCUGUGCUCCUUUCCCGGAGGAGCAGACUGAGCACAGGUCCAGGUCCAACAGCGAGUGAGUGGCAGACUUAGAAGUACACGGGCUCUGUUAUAGCUGGCUUUGCUUUUUCGCUGAUGAGGUCAGGGCAAGCCUUGUCAACGCCAGGAGAACAGCGUUUGUUGGGGAGCUGGGAUGAUCCAAGAAGAGAAGCUAGGGUAAGUGGGAAGGUUAGGAGUGGUAUAGAAAAUCUCCCUCAAGACAAGAGUUACCUUUUACAUAUCUUUGUAUCUCCCUUGGUUCUUGGCAUAGAUUCCUUGAAUGUUUUGAAUGAGUAGCUGAGUAUCGAACUCGUUUGCUCUGCACUCUCCGCCACGAAUGACACUAGAAGUGACCUAUGAAUGAACAAGGAGAGUAUUUAUGGGGUUCGGGAAUGCUUUAGGACUGAAAUGAAAAGACACAUGUGGAAACACUGAAAAUAGAAAACCUUCUAUUCAAAUGCAAAGGAUUACUCGUACAUUUUUGAUGGCGUGCCUAGACACGUCUCGCAUGCGCCCUCUGCUCUGACUUUUUGUUCACUUAACUCUCUCCAUCUCCAACACCUUACUCUUACCCUUCUUCUUCUUUUUUUUUUUUAAUGUUUUAUUUAUUGACUUUAGAGAGAAAUUUUAUUUAUUGGUUUUAUUUUUUUGAUUUUGUUCUUCCACUCACUUGUGCAUUCCUUGGUUGACUCUCAUAUGCACCCUGACCAGGGGUCGAACGUGCGACCUUGAUGUAUCGGGAUGAAGCUCUCACCAACUGAACUACCAGGCUAGGGCUUUUCCCUUCUGUUUUGAGCCCUAUAGGAGGACAUGACUUCCUUUGAUCCCGCCAGGAACUUUGGACUUGGUUGCUCUGGUUUGUAGCGUUCUGACUUGUUGACGUUUCUUAUCUCCAAGCAAACCUGUUUCAUUUUGAGUCUUCAGAUGCUGCUAAUGGCUGUGCCUCUGAGUCUCAGCCCUCGGUGCGUGCUUGUUGCAUGAAAGGGCAUCUUAAAAAUCAGCGCCACCUGGAUGGAGGAUUUCCAUUCUCCAUGUUGCUUUCUGGUAUUUGCAAGAAGUUGCUUCAGGGAGUUGUGGCAGCAGUGCUGAAAUUAAAAAGGAGCUAGACCCAUUUUUAGAAGGAUGUUUAUGGACUCUGCUGGGAUUGGGUGCUGGGCACUGCGGGGGCCCACAUGAUGGGUCAGAAUGUAAAUGGACAGUUGGGGGAGUCAGCUGAGCGUAACGGAUAGGGUUCCAGGUCCUCUGCUUCUUCAGAGCUUUGAAGGAAAGAAAGGAAGGAUGGGGGGAACAUUGGGAAUCCUGGGGAUGAUGGGAGCUUUCCACGAACCCCUGGGGAUCUGCCAAGGAGAGCAGAGGAGUAGCCACUAAAGCCUAGGUCAGUAACAGCCAAGGUCAAUGACACUUCACCCAGCCUGGUUAGAGCUGGCAAAAAGUGGCGACUUGUGAGGACCGACCAGUGACGUGACAGAAGAGCCCAUAGUUGCACCCUAAUCUGCAAGCACAAACUGGAAUUUUCCUUUCUUUUUUGUUGGAGUCAUAUCCACAUGUUUAAUAUUCUUGAGAUGUGCACCUGGCAGACAUGAGCCUGUGUUCAUGCAGCCUCGGUUCGAGGGUUCUCACAGGGUGAGCAUCCUGCCUCACUUAAUAGGAUGCGUGUUUUCUGUGCAGUGUGGCAUCUAAACAAGUUGCUGCUGUACUGCACAGUAGUUUAGACAAUUUAAGGGAAGUCCAAGGGUGACUUUGAUUAUAUACAAUUUUUCCUGGACAUGCAGACUUAGAAAUAACUCAUGCAAGCUGAGACUGGGCUCUAUAGCAAUUUUUUUUUUUAACUUUUGAGCUACAUUAACGAUCAAUUAGACAUACGUGAUUUAGGCUCUGAAUUGAAUAGUGAGUUUAUAACUACAGUUUAAGAGGGAAAGUGGAUUUCAACUUUAAAUACCUGAAUUGGGAACAAACUUAUGAAACAUCUUCUCUAAGUAAAAGACUUGGCAAAGAAGUUCAAUCACAUAGAACUGCUGUAUUCCAAGCUCUUUGGAUUAUGAUUUUCCUUCAAGAAAGUUGGGGACUCGGAAAGUUGGGAGCCGCUCUGAACAUGGCGAACCUGCUGAAAACAGUGGUGACUGGCUGUUCGUGUCCUUUACUUAGUAAUUUGGGGUCCUGCAAGGUCGUGCCUGGGAAGAAGAAGUUUUUACGAGCGUUUCACACUCAUCAGGCGCUGUGGUGUAAAUCCUCCGCGAAGCCAGGAAUUCCAUAUAAGCAACUGACUGUCGGAAUCCCCAAGGAAAUUUUCCAGAAUGAGAAGCGAGUGGCAUUGUCUCCUGCAGGCGUUCAGGCCUUGGUCAAGCAGGGUUUCAAUGUUGUCGUGGAGUCGGGUGCUGGCGAAGCGUCCAAGUUCUCAGAUGACCACUACAGAGCAGCAGGUGCCCAGAUCCAAGGAACAAAAGAAGUGCUGGCCUCUGAUUUGGUGGUCAAAGUGCGAGCCCCCAUGCUUAAUCCAACAUUAGAUGCUCAUGAAGCUGACCUUCUGAAGACAUCGGGAACACUGAUCAGUUUUAUUUAUCCAGCCCAAAAUCCAGACCUGCUAAAUAAACUUUCCCAAAGAAAAACUACAGUUCUGGCGAUGGACCAGGUUCCAAGAGUCACAAUUGCUCAGGGAUAUGACGCGCUAAGCUCCAUGGCCAACAUUGCCGGUUAUAAGGCUGUCGUACUAGCAGCAAAUCAUUUUGGACGGUUUUUUACUGGUCAGAUCACAGCUGCCGGAAAAGUUCCUCCGGCUAAGAUUCUGAUAGUUGGCGGCGGCGUGGCUGGGCUGGCCUCUGCAGGUGCAGCCAAGUCCAUGGGCGCGAUCGUCCGAGGGUUUGACACGAGAGCUGCAGCCCUGGAGCAGUUCAAGUCCCUUGGUGCUGAGCCCUUGGAGGUGGACUUGAAGGAGUCCGGCGAGGGCCAGGGUGGGUAUGCGAAGGAGAUGUCCAAGGAGUUCAUCGAGGCGGAGAUGAAGCUGUUCGCGCAGCAGUGCAAGGAGGUGGACAUUCUCAUCAGCACCGCCCUCAUUCCAGGGAAGAAGGCUCCGGUGCUGUUCAGCAGAGAGAUGAUCGAGUCGAUGAAGGAGGGCUCGGUGGUUGUGGACCUGGCGGCCGAGGCCGGCGGGAACUUCGAAACCACCAAGCCGGGCGAGCUGUAUGUGCACAAGGGGGUCACUCACAUCGGCUACACAGACCUCCCCAGCCGAAUGGCCACCCAGGCCAGCACCCUGUACUCCAACAACAUCACCAAGCUCCUGAAGGCCAUCAGCCCAGACAAAGAUAAUUUUUAUUUUGAAGUGAAGGAUGACUUUGACUUUGGCACCAUGGGUCACGUCAUUAGAGGAACUGUCGUGAUGAAGGAUGGCGAAGUGAUUUUCCCUGCUCCCACUCCAAAAAAUAUUCCUCAAGGAGCCCCGGAGAAACCGAAGACAGUGGCUGAGCUGGAAGCGGAGAAAGCAGCUACUGUUACGCCCUUCAGGAAGACGAUGACGACCGCCUCGGCGUACACCGCAGGUCUCACCGGGAUGCUGGGCUUGGGCCUGGCAGCUCCCAAUUUAGCCUUUUCGCAGAUGGUGACCACGUUCGGCCUGGCGGGCAUUGUGGGCUACCACACGGUCUGGGGCGUGACCCCUGCCCUCCACUCUCCGCUGAUGUCCGUGACUAAUGCCAUCUCAGGGCUGACGGCAGUUGGCGGCCUGGCGCUGAUGGGUGGACAUUUGUAUCCGUCCACCACGUCUCAGGGCCUCGCCGCCCUUGCUACCUUCAUAUCCUCGGUCAACAUUGCAGGUGGCUUCCUGGUGACUCAGAGAAUGCUGGACAUGUUUAAGCGUCCCACGGACCCCCCAGAAUACAAUUACCUGUAUCUGCUCCCUGCUGGGACCUUCGUUGGAGGAUAUUUAGCCGCCCUCUCCAGCGGUUAUAACAUUGAACAAAUCAUGUACCUGGGCUCAGGUCUCUGCUGUGUUGGUGCCCUGGCCGGCCUGUCCACCCAGGGAACAGCUCGUCUUGGCAAUGCAUUGGGCAUGAUCGGUGUGGCUGGAGGCCUGGCAGCCACCCUUGGGGGCCUGAACCCGACCCCUGAAUUGUUGGCUCAGAUGUCGGGAGCAAUGGCCUUGGGCGGCACCAUUGGCCUGACGAUUGCCAAGCGCAUCCAGAUUUCCGACUUGCCGCAGCUGGUGGCUGCCUUCCACAGCCUGGUGGGCUUGGCGGCCGUGCUGACCUGCAUCGCCGAGUACAUCGUGGAGUACCCGCACUUCGCCACGGACGCCGCGGCGAACCUCACCAAGAUCGUCGCCUACCUCGGGACCUACAUCGGCGGGGUCACCUUCAGCGGCUCCCUCAUUGCCUACGGGAAGCUGCAGGGCAUCCUGAACUCCGCGCCCCUCCUGCUGCCCGGGAGGCACCUGCUCAACGCCGGCCUGCUGGCCGCCAGCGUGGGUGGCAUCAUCCCGUACAUGGUAGACCCCAGCUUCGCCACGGGCAUCCUCUGCCUGGGCUCCGUGUCCGCGCUCUCCGCUGUCAUGGGUGUGACUCUGACGGCUGCCAUCGGGGGCGCAGACAUGCCCGUGGUCAUCACCGUGCUGAACAGCUACUCGGGCUGGGCCCUGUGCGCCGAGGGCUUCCUGCUCAACAACAACCUGCUGACCAUCGUGGGCGCGCUCAUCGGCUCUUCGGGGGCCAUCCUGUCCUACAUCAUGUGUGUGGCAAUGAACCGCUCCCUGGCAAAUGUGAUUCUUGGAGGCUAUGGUACCACUUCCACGGCUGGUGGAAAACCCAUGGAAAUUUCUGGCACGCAUACAGAAAUCAACCUGGACAAUGCCGUUGACAUGAUUCGAGAAGCUAAUAGCAUUAUUAUUACUCCAGGCUACGGGCUCUGUGCAGCCAAAGCUCAGUACCCCAUCGCCGACCUGGUGAAGAUGCUCACGGAACAGGGCAAGAAAGUCAGGUUUGGAAUUCACCCAGUGGCAGGCCGGAUGCCUGGUCAGCUCAAUGUGCUGCUGGCGGAGGCCGGGGUCCCAUAUGAUGUUGUGCUGGAAAUGGAUGAGAUCAACCAGGAUUUCCCAGACACUGAUUUGGUCCUUGUAAUUGGAGCUAAUGACACUGUCAAUUCAGCAGCUCAGGAAGACCCGAACUCUAUCAUUGCAGGCAUGCCUGUGCUCGAGGUUUGGAAGUCCAAGCAGGUCAUUGUCAUGAAGAGGUCCCUGGGUGUUGGCUACGCGGCGGUGGACAAUCCGAUCUUCUACAAACCCAACACGGCCAUGCUGCUAGGCGAUGCCAAGAAGACAUGCGAUGCACUACAGUCGAAAGUUCGAGAAUCCUACCAGAAGUAAAUCUCAAAAAAAUCAAGCUGCUGUCUAGCAAAGCCACCUCCUCCGUUGUGGGAACAGGCAACGAAAGUAUCGAUAUAAAAAGCUGAUGCACAUGUGUGGCAAAGCUCUUGGAAGAAAAGGAGGACCCUGCAGAAAGCAAAGCAGAUGCAGGGAGGUUUUUCAAGAGCAUUUAAAAAAAAAGUAUUGAAGAGUCUAAAUGUCUUUCUGUGCAUAUUUUUUUGGUGGUACGAAUCAAAAGCAUUUCAUAAAAGGAGAAAGGACAGCUUCAUUUUCCAUGUAAUCCACUUGGAUUUUUAAAAAUUCCUGCUCAGUAGCCAGUGAAGUUUUAAGAAAUUACGUCUAGGAUUUGAAGACUUAACCAAACACAGAUCUGAAACAUCUGAUGCAGCGUAAACAUUACAGGCACCUGUGUUGGUGAUUUUUCAACAAAUGUGACUAAUUUGAAACUUUUAUCAACUCCUGAGCUGACCUCUGGCCUUUAACCAUAAUCGGAAUCAACCAUAUCAAAUUGGUUUCAGUUUUUCAAACUGAACUUUCAAUUGUAGAUUUCAGGGGUGUAUUUUCUCACUUCUAUUUUAAUACCUUAAAGGACGAGGUAAUCUUCCAGAGGUGCUGGAAACAGUUCAAUCAUUCGCUUUGUAUGUUUCAUGAGAACACCAGUGAAACAUUGUGAAAUCAGUAUUAGUUGUAUUUUUUAAAACCCCAUUUCUAAUCGGAGAGCUCUUUAAUUUCAGUCAAUUUAUAAUGUGUAGUACUGUACUAAGUGCACUUGAAUGGAAUUCAACUAUUUGCCUAAUAAAAUGAGUUCAUUAUGUUUGCACA